AUGGGAAACACAUCCUCACAGGUUCAGGACGAGGCGCCUGAUGCUUCGCAGCCCUCGAGGCCGCAAGAUCCUUCCAGCACCAGGAGCGAAGACGACGUCGCUGCCUCCUCCCAGCUGGUUUCCGAAAUUCAAACCGCCGCCGUUCCUGCAUCCAAGAAGGAAGGCAAGGAAAAGAAGAGCAAGAAAAGCAAGAAGCGCAAGAGUCGAGAUGCGGCAUCCGAGGUCCACACCGAUAAGCAAGAAACCUCCGCUCCGCAACCUGAUGCUGAAGUCCCGAGCGUGGAUAGUGCUGCGGUUGCAGAUCGGAGGGAUAGCAUUGGAGCCAUCGAGAGUGCCACAGCCCAGGCAGGAGAGCAGCCGCCCCGGGAAUCUCGAAGGAAGAGGAAGGACAUGAACGCCACGCAGAAUUCUGCGCCCGCCGACACGCCCGCAACCACCGACAACAUCGUAGACACUACCACUGCGGAGCCUGCUAGGGUGGAGAAGGCGGCGAAGAAGAAACGCAAGAGGAAAUCCGAGGAUGCUGCGGCACCUGCCAUCACGGACAAGUCCCAACCUGCAACUGUAGCCCAAACAGACCCCGCGUCGACUGAAAGUGGCCAAAAUGCCGAGGACCCUUCUCACAAGAAGCAGAAGAAGUCAACAAGAUCCGCUACCGCUGCUGCCGCGCCGGCUCAGGUCAAGAACACGCCCAUUCCUAUCCCGACGUUCAAUCCUCCUGCUGCUCGGGAGCAGGAUAAUCUUCCCAUCAGGAAGAGUAAAAGAAAGGCGGACGCUGUCGAAGCAGCUAAAAACCAAAAAGCAGAAAAGGCACCUGCUCAGCCUGCGCCUGUGGAGGACAAACGUUCUAGCAACGCUGACAGCAAAGUUCCGAAAGACUCUGAGAAGAAACAGAAGAAAUCGAGGAAGGCUCAGCAAGAUGCUCCUGCUGCAAGUGCUAAUCGGGAGGUUGCGCCUCAGCCUAGCAUGACCACAGUCGAGCUCUCUGUCAUCGACCCAGCUCUACUGCCACCUACCCAGCAGCAGCCACCAGCCGAGCUCCCCGCUUCAGACGCAACAGAAGAGACGUCACAUCGCAAGAAAUCCAAGAAGUCAAAGAAGUCCCAAGACGACACUGCCACGCCGGCGACCCAGGGGAUUGCGGCGGCGGAUGCGCUCAUCGAGUCGCAGGUUGCUCGCGCAACAAAUGGCAUUAGUGGAGACGGCCAUGGAACUGAGGUGACUGGCGAGAAAGCCUACAUUGAUCACCAGAAGAAGAAGCAGAAACGCAAGCGCCAGGCUGAGGAGGCUGCUACCGAGCAAGCUGCUCAGCAACCCGAUGCGGCUGAACCAAAGUCCAAGAAACGCAAGAAUGCCACUCAAAAAGACGGUGCCACGAAGAGUGGAGCCUCUGCCCCAGGCACGAAAGGCUCGAGACCCCAAGGAACCGAAGAAUUCCCGUCUUCUGGACCAUACACCAAAAAGGAAGUCGAGACGCUGACUCGUGCGAUCGAAGCGUACCGCGAGUACAAUAAUCUUAAUCAAUUCCAGGUUAAUGACAUUGUUCAAGCUGGCGUCUUCAACGAAGUGCACGGCAAGUCUUGCAAGGAGUUCUGGGACGAGAUCUGCCCUUGUCUUCCGAACCGCUGGUCGCGCGAGACGAUCAUCAAAUUCGUCCGUCGCAAAUGGCACAACUUUGACAAGCGUGGCAAGUGGGAUCCCGAAGAGGACCAGAUGCUGAGGACGGCUUAUGCAGCGACGCCGGGUCAGUGGACGAAGAUCGGCGAGGCGGUCGGACGUUUCGCGGAUGACUGCAGGGACAGGUGGCGGAAUUACCUUUCUUGCAGCGAGACCAUGGCGAGCAAGAGAUGGCACGACAGUGAAGUGAACGAGCUUCUCAAUGUUGUUCAGGACUGUCUCAACACCCUGCUCGAGAGGCUUCCCGAAGACAAGAAGAACUACUGGCGUGAGGAGCUGCAGUCAACCGAGCGGAGGGACAUCUGGAGACCUGAUGAGAUACGUAACCUUGUUCGUAAGAUGCCCGACUGCAUGGAUGCGUUGCGCGCUGCAUUUGAGGAAAAGCACCCGCGCGAGAGCAAGCAGAAACGCGCCACAGAGAAGCGCCGAGGCUCGAGUGCUACGGAUGGCUCCGUGGUCAUCAAUUGGGAUCUCGUUAGCGAGAAGAUGGGUAAGAAGCGGAGUCGCCUGCAGAUCAUGUCGAAGUGGAAGGCUUUGGAGCAUUCGUACAGCCAGGAUCCGAAGGAAACCUUCUUCACUGAGGCCAAUCAUUGGCGUGUCGAGAACGGUCAGAAGUGGGCAGAGCAGAUGCUGCCUGGCGACAAGUACAACAUCGUCCGCGCGAUGAUUGAUCUUGGCCUGACCAACGAGGAGCGAAUCAUCUGGAACAGCGUUGCGCACCACGAGCUGGUGAAGCUCAAGUGGGCCCAUCAAGCCAAGAUGACUUUCCUGAGCAUGAAGGAUCAGGUUCCCCGGCAUCAAAGCCUGCCCCAGCUGCUGCAGGCCCUCAAGGACUACUUCGAGAUCAACCACGGCGAAGAGCUGGACAGCCACUGGCGCUAUGAAGGCAGGCCUGGCAGGACGUCGCUUAAGUCGGUGGUGUAUAGUCCUGGCCCGCUCGACUGGCGCGGUCACAUGCGCGGCGAGUCCUCAUACAAAUCCAAUGCUCGGGUCAGUGAUGACGACGAAGACGAGGAUGGUAGUGAUGGGCCGAGGACACAGUAG